AUGGAUAACGAUGGAUUAUCGAACGAGCAGACGGAGAAGGUCCUACAGUUUCAGGACAUUACCGGGCUGGAUGAUAUGAACGUUUGCCGCGACAUUCUGAUACGUCACCAGUGGGACCUGGAAGUCGCGUUUCAGGAGCAUCUAAACAUACGUGAAGGUCGGCCGUCCGCGUAUGCGACGGAAUCCCGUGCUCCCGCCGUCAUAAACGAUCGUUUUCUGCAGCAUGUGUUCUCUAGCGCACGGUUAAGUCCGGCACGCGAACCGAGUGGUGUCGGUGGCAUCAUACGAUACGUGUUCAACUACAUGGUGAACUUCUGGUACAGUGCAUUUUCCUCGUUUCUAUCCACGAUCAUAGGGCUGUUCCGCGAUCAGGAAAGCAUUCCGGCCGAUCCGCUCGGCGAUGUGCUGAAGUUCAUUCAGACGUACAACGAGAAGUACCCGGACCAUCCCGUCUUCUACCAGGGCACCUAUUCGCAGGCAUUGAACGAUGCGAAGAACGAGCUACGCUUUCUGCUAGUCUAUCUGCAUUCCGAGUCGACAUCCGAGGCGGUCGCCUUCUGUCGCGGCGCAAUGUCGAACCCGCAGGUGAUCGAGUACGUCAACCGGCGGAUGUUGUUCUGGGCGUGCGAUAUGGCAUCACACGAAGGCAAACGGGUGGCCACCGCGAUCAGUGUACGCACCCAUCCGACCCUGCUGAUCAUUGGGAUGCGCGCCAACAAGAUGAUCAUUAUGGGCCGGUUAGAAGGGGACUGCACGUCGGAGGAGCUUAUACGCCGGAUGGAUACCGUCGUGAAUGAUAAUGAGGUGUGGUUGAAUCAGGCCAGGCAGGAUAGACUGGAGCGGGAUCUCACACAGACGCUGCGCCAGCAGCAGGACGAAGCGUACCAGCGUUCGUUACAGGCCGACCAGGAGAAGCAGCGCCGAAAGCAGCUGGAGCGGGAGGAGGCGAUGCGCAUCCAGGCAGCGAUCGAGGCGGAACAGUUGGCCGAGCAGCAGCGAAAGGAUGACAUCGAACGGUUAAAGCUCGAUCUGGCGGAACAAGUGCCUUCGGAACCGGAAGCAGGUGCGCCCGACACGAUCAGCAUAGUGUUCAAACUACCAAGCGGGUUGCGAUUAGAGAGACGAUUUCGAAAUACUAACACAAUGCAGGAUAUUUACAACUUUAUUUUCUGUCAUCCGGAUGCACCCGAUUCGUUCGAAAUAACGACAAACUUCCCGAAGCGUGUACUGGAUUGUUCGGGCGACGAGCCAGGCCAGACGCUGCUGCUAUCCGGAUUGAAGAAUCGCGAAGUACUGUUCGUCGCCGAUCUGGAGGCGUAG